AUGCUACCCACGGACGACGUCGCUCGCUACCAGAAAUCACCACCCAGACAGAGCCCUUCGCAUGUACAAAUGAAGCUGCCACCCUCACCCACACGGCCAGCAUAUUCCGCCACUAUGAACCAAAAGCGCCAGGCCACAGACGCUCCGGAAGGCGACAUGCAUGCAGGCAAGAGACAAAACACCAUGCAAAAUGCGAUGUCACCUCCAGCUGCGCCGUUCGCUCCCACCGGCCACAACAACGAUCCUCUCAAUCCAGGGCCAUACAACCGCAUGAGAGGUGGACCGGUUGCCUCAGCCAACGGGAUUGCGGCACCGGUCAACCGGAUGAGUCCCGAUGAAAUCGCCCGAGACCGUCGCAUCCAGCAGGCUAAGCUCGCAGAGCAGCGCGUUCGGGCGCAACAAGCUCACGACGCCGAGAAAGCCCGCGCUCAGGAGAUCUACAAUGCCGCAACCGCCGCAGCGCUCAAGCGCGAGCAAGACGAUGCGCGAAGGGAGUUUCUGCGCAAGGACCCCAGCGCCAACUACCGCCACAUCCUCGAGGUAUACGCGCUGUCACCGCUGGACCCCAAGAAAGAUGAGUAUCCCAACCGCUAUCUGACGGGUUUGCUCGCAAACCGGGUGAUGCCCAUGGACCUCGACUGCGACCUUGCGCUUGCGAUCGUGUAUGCGAAGGAUCACUGGGACUAUUUUGGACAGUGGCCCAAGGAUAUCGAGCGCUUUGCGGGCUAUGAGAGAGAUAGGAAGGAAAAGGCGGCCAAGGAUCGGGCCUAG